UCAGCCUCAGCCAGUUAGCCAAGAGAGAAAGCGCCGUUUAGGAAACACUCAAUAAAGCUGGGACACAGCACUGGGCUUGACGUUCUGUUUACAGCUGAGACUGAGGAUUUUUGCAUUCUCCUCUCUGCACUGAUGGUGCUGAUCCCUCUCCUCCAGGGAUGCAUCCAGCUUCUUACCCUGCCUAUAUGUCUGCUCUCGUAUCUGGGCUUAUGGGACCCCCUCUGUAAGAAGAUUUUCCCAUACUUCAUGGCCAGAAUCUCCACUGCCUACAAUCGCAAGCUCUUUCAACAGAAACAGGACCUGUUCAGCAACCUGAUGGAGUUUGCAGGACGUUCAGGGGAGCUCAGAUUGCUGGAGAUAGGCACAGGCUCAGGUGCCAACUUCCAGUUCUACCCAUCUAGAUGCCGGGUAACAUGCACUGACCCCAACCCCAACUUUGAGAAGUUCCUCCUCAAGAGCAUUGCCGAGAGUCCCCACCUCCAGUUUGAAGGGUCCAUAGUGGCCUCUGCUGAGGAUCUACGCCCAGUAGCUGAUGACUCCAUGGAUGUGGUCGUUUGCACUUUGGUGCUGUGCUCGGUGCACAGCAUUGAGCGGGUCCUGAGAGAAGUCCUGCGAGUGUUGAGGCUGGGUGGUGCUUUAUAUUUCUUGGAGCAUGUGGCUGCAGAUCGUUCCAGCUGGGGCUACUUUUGGCAACAGGUCUACAACCCAACCUGGAGAUAUUUGGGAGACGGGUGCUGCCUGACCAGAGAGACCUGGAAAGAGUUGGAGAAAGCAGGGUUCUCAGAACUGAAGUUGCGGCACAUACAAGCUCCCCUGUCCUGGAACCCUACUCGUCCCCAUAUCAUUGGAUAUGCUGUGAAAUAACUAACUCUAUGCACUGAAAAACAGGCACUUCAGCACCAUGGUUCCUAUCUAUUCCCAUUUAUCUCUAGAAAGCAGCCUUGUAAUAUGUCAACACUACUUAUUUAGAAAUUAGUUGCACAGCUAAAUUGCCUUGAUGGGUUGAUAAGGGUAACACGAAAAACUUACUGAGCAUCCAUAGCAUAGCCUAACUUUGGUGUCAGAUUUGUCCAUAUACCAGUCAGGUGCCUCUCAAUCCAGUUUUUAGAGAGCUUUGAUCAGCAUUUCUCACUGGCUAUCCUGCUAGCUUCUGUGGAUCCCGUUCUAUGCACUGAUUAUUCCCUGAUUGUCAUGUAGGGGUGGUGAAUUUUACUGACUCUCAGAAAAAUCAGUUGGGGGCCGCCUCACUGACAUGCCCCCCCAGCGCACUGACAUGUCCCCCCAGCUGAGAAGGAGAAAGACACUCCCCACAUUCCCCUCGCCCAUCAGAGACGAAGGGGGGGCCUAGCCUAGUAGAUUUUGUGUGCUCCAGUCCCAUGGCAGAGGAGGAGGGGCUGGUGAACCAGUGCAGGCUCCCCAGUGCUGUGGGGAGGGGCAGAUCCAGGCAAGCCAGGGUCCACAUCUGGCUGCUGGGCCUGAGGUUACCCACCCUGACAUAUAUAGUGCCUUGGCACCUAAGUCAAGCUUGGAACUCGGUCUUGUUUCUGGGGCUUCAUGGGCCCCAUGUUGCUCAGGAUUGCGAUGCCAAAGCCCCUUUGAGAAUUCAGGCUCGUCAAUUUAAAUCAGAUUUGAAACAACAAUCUGCACAACAAAAUGCUCCCAUUAUAGAAGGGUAAAUUAGCACUAGUAAAGGCCAACAGAGUAGCCGGGGGGCGUUAAAUGGCAGGGAGCUCAUAUUUACUGAAAGAUGAUAGAAGGUUAAACCUAAGCACCAGACAUAUCCGCUCAACUGCACUGAAGGUACUUUUGAUACAAUUUCUUUUGUUUUAUUUGUCUUUUGUAAUUGCUACAGAACCAGGCUGUUGCUACAGAGACAUAGGCUUCUCAAUAAAGUUGAAAUAUAAUUCUGUA